AGUCGCGGAUCGGGCUCAGCCAUGGGCACGUCGCUGAAGCCCAUCGGGACGCUAUGAACGGCGCGUGUCAGCCGCCUUGGAUACGGAUCCAUCGAGAGCGCCACUGCCGACCCGGCACGACGACGUGGUGGUGUUUCGAACCUCGCGCCGCCGGAUCUUCUUCGUCUUCUUUGACGGCGACACCGACUUCGACUCGGUGCACGACUUUGGGACCGACUUGAUCCGACAUCGGCGAAAAAAAAAAAAAAAAAAAGCAGAUAGAACUUGUGUUCCCGAGGCGACUAGGAUGCAUUACUCCUUUUGGUGUGGUUCCCGGCAGGAGCAGUGCGAAGUUUGGUAGAGACGACUUCAUUGUGUGUGUGUGUGUGUGGCGUGGAGCUCAAAAAGUGUGUUCGUUGGUCCGUUUUGCGCUCUACUGUCAGUUUUUUUUUUCUUUUAGUUACCAAAGUUUUGUUUUACUGUGCGCGUUCUGACUGGUUCCCUUUGCAACUCCAACGGAUUGACAGUUUCUGUCGCUGAGUGCCACCGUUGUGAUCGACGCUAAGAUUUCUUUCUUGUCUGUUUGUUUCCGCCAGAGGGUGGUGGGCAACGUACACCAAGCUUGCCCCGGAUUUUUAGUUGAAAUUGGUACGCGUGAAGUUAAUUUGUGUGGAUGUUUCUACCUGCAGUCGUCUACGAAGACCAGGGCAGAGCCGAUUCCGUCCUUUCUGAUUCGAUAAUCUCUGAGGAACCACGAGGACACUACAACAAGACCUCCAAGCUUUGUAUCAACCAGCAGGACGGGAUUGAAUCCAGAAGUGACACUGUUGAACAAGAUGACGAGUGAAGUUCUCGGAAGUUCACAACGGAAGCAACUGGCAAGAAAGUAGAAGAGGAUCAACCGCAGCGAGUGGCAUUUGCAUCGACGUCUGCCGAACCUUCUGGUACUCUGGACAGCAGACUUCGUCGUUGGAGUGCAUCUGGUGUUCGGUCUUCCUCGUUAGUGUGGCAGGGUCUGUGUCCAGGUUUGGAAGGGGAAGUGACGUGGACACUGUGCAACUCGCCCGGCACCGAUGAAGAGAAAGAAAGAAGGUUAGUGUCGAAAGCAGACAGACUUCUUGGACACGCCGCUAGAGGGGUGGACCGCUCUCGUCUCUUGUGGACACCUCUUGGAGCGGACUCCCAGGAUGCAGUAGGCCGUGACAUGUCCGGUGCGAUUCAGCAUGGAUGACGACAGGCCCUUUCCAUUGCUGCCAUAAGCAAGGAGGGCGCCGUCAGUAUCCGCUCUGUUCCGGGAGUUUCACUGGAUCCUAAGGAAGAUGAGCGCAUGAUGGACCAUGAAGCAGAGCUCGAGGCGGCCAUCAACUUGUCCACGGCCCAGGCCACGACCGCAGUUCGCGCCCAGAGCGCUACCCCGACCACCAACGGCGUGCUGCACGAGGACGUCGCCGACGCCACGCCUCAGACUCCGCUGGGGACGACCAAGACGCAGCAGCUGCAGCUGCAGCUCCAGCAGCGCGCGGCGGCAGCCGUGGCGGCGGCGGCGGCGGCCUCUGGCGGUUGGGAGGUGGCCGCCAAGACGGGGCUGGGCGCGAGCCCCACGGGUCCUGGGACCCCGGACCUGUCCCCGCUGCUGGUGAUGAACAGCCUGGCCCAGCAGCAGAUGCAGCAGAUCCUGCAGCAGCAGGUCCUCUCGCCCUCCCAGCUACAGCAGAUACUCACCACGCAGCAGCAGACCUUCCUCUUCCAGCAGCAGCAGCACCAACAGCAGCAGCAGCAGCAGAAGCAGCUGGAGACGGUGAUCCCGCACCUGCAAGAACAGCUCCAGUUCAUCAUGGUCCAGCAGAGCCAAGUCCUGCAGCAGCUCAACGGGCUCAACAGCAGCGGCAGUGGCGGUGGCGGCGGAAGCCACGGCGCGGGAUCUGCUAUCGCCUCUCAGGACUCGUCUCCGGGAGCCAAGUCGAGCGCCAAGCCGGGGCGACAGCAGCUCCAGCUGCAACUGCAACAGCUCGCCCUGCAACAGCACCAGAUCAUGCAGCAACUGCAGAUCUCGCAUCGGCAGUACCUGCUCGGCUUGCCGCCGUUCCUCCUGCCUCAGGCCCUGAACGCGGACCUCCAGGGCCUCUGGAAGGACGGCGUCACGUCCGCCCUGGAAGAUGGCGGCGGGCCCCUCAAGGGUCUCAACGGACUCCUGAGCUCGGCCAGCGGCCAGCCGCCCACCCUGACCGCCGGGGUACUGCCCCCGUGUUCGUCUUCGUCCUCGCGCGCGGUUAACGGCAGCACCGUGCUGCAGAGCGCUCUGCAAGGCCUGUCCAGCCAGCAACAUCAGCAGCAGCAGCAGCAGCAACAGCAGCAGCAGCAGCAUCAGCAGCAGCAGCAGCAGCAGCAACAACAACAGCAACAGCAGCACGGCUCGAUGCCCUGCCACGGCGACUUUGCGGGUUCCGCGUCUUCUUCGCCGUCCACGUUCCAGCAGUUGGGGAAGGAGGAGAGGUCUUCCAGUGCCAGUAGCAGCCACUCGCUGUACGGCCACGGCGUCUGCAAGUGGCCAGGAUGCGACGCCGAGUGUGAAGAUUACCAGGCCUUUGUAAAACACUUGAACAUGGAACACCAGCUGGAUGAUCGAAGCACAGCGCAAGCCAGGGUCCAGAUGCAGGUGGUGUCUCAGUUGGAGCUUCAGCUGGACAAAGAGCGUGACCGGCUGCAGUCCAUGAUGGCCCACCUCCACAUGAAGCCACCCAACGGGAGCUCCUCGGGAUCUAGUGGCAAGGAUCUGUUGCUGUCGUCGACCCACAAGCCAGCGACGUCCUCUCCUCAGGCGCUGCCGGUGAUGUCCAUCAGCCCUCCACCGCUGACCAUGACCACGGCGGCCAGCCCGCUCAUGACCAGCAGGUUGCUGGGGCUUCCUUCGUCCACCCAGGCUACCAGCGCGGGCCCCAUCCGGCGGAGGCUGAGCGACAAGGGCGUAUCUCCAUUGUCGGGCAUGGAAGUUGCAUCAUUACCCGACUCUCCUAUUCGGCGUAGGGUUGCGGAGAGAGCUAACUUGGAUAUCACAGAAGAGAUCCAGCGAAAUCGAGAGUUUUACAAGUCUGCGGACGUUCGGCCUCCCUUCACAUACGCCUCUCUCAUUCGGCAGGCCAUAAUUGAAUCUCCUGAUAAGCAGUUAACGCUGAAUGAGAUCUACAACUGGUUCCAGAAUACCUUCUGCUACUUCCGUAGGAAUGCUGCAACUUGGAAGAAUGCGGUGAGACACAACCUAAGCCUACACAAAUGUUUUAUGCGUGUUGAGAACGUUAAAGGGGCUGUGUGGACUGUGGACGAAAUAGAAUUCUACAAGCGUAGGCCCCAGCGACUCCAGGAUCGGAUAGCAGGGGGCCUACCAGUGCCUUCCCAGCAAGUAGGACAGAGAUCGGUCCGUAGUCCGACGCUCCAACAAAACCCUGGUCUUUACGGGGAGUCCCUUAACGCUUCACUGCAAGCAGCGCUGGCCGAGAGCAACCUGUCAUUCCUCAGUGCAGCAAUUUCUGGGACAGCGGUGAGCACGGCGGCGUCCAUUGCGGGUGUGCCCAACGUCAUGCCCGGACCCCGGCCGUCGAGCGUCGGCAACGGACCCCUCAGCGGCGCCCUCGUGCUGCCCCCCGUUGCGGGGGCGGACAACGCCGCAGAGCGGUUCGUCGCCGGCAUGCUCGGCCAGGGCUUCCCGGGGGAGAGGCUCCCCAGCAAUGGCGUCCACAUAAAGCAGGAACCAGAAGUGGAAGAGCCAAGCAGCGACCUUGAGGAGCAGAUGGAAACCUCCGACCAACUGGUCACUGCCUCCAUGGUCGAGGAAGCGGACGGCAGCGAGGAACCACGGCCCUCUGAGGGCCCCAGCCUCGAGUCCAUUCCCCAGGACGGCGCCGACCGCGAGGACGAAGAAGAGGCCGAAGACCUGUCCCUGUCGUCGUCGACGACGACGCCGUGCGAGACACCCGUCUCCAACUCAACGUAGGAUCUCCACUUCUUGGGUCGUCGGCGGCGCCCCUCUGUAGGAAAGGCGCAGCGGCACGAAUUUCAUUUCGGCCCACAGUGAGCAGCGAGCACGGCCGGUCGGCAAAAGCGCCGGCAGUAUUUUUUUUUUUCAUCAUACCUCAAAACACAAUUACCUCAGUGGAUGAAUGAUGGCGGGACCGGAGGUAGAUGCGUCCGCCGUGUCUCCAGGCGGUUCAUGCCGAGACGGCGGGCUCGGUCCUGGAGUAAGGACAUUCGGGAAGGACGGGGGAGUGAAACGAAAGCAGACGGGAGGGCCAAUUGUCUCUUAGAUUUCUUUUCUAUGCGUGUGUAUAUGUGUCUCUCUUCGUGGCCCUCUGGUUUGCCCCCUUUUCUUCCUUGUCUUUCUUACACUGCCUCCCUUGGAGGACCGAGCAUUUGUUCCUAGAUGAUGGGAGAUCAAAUUCCUCUUUCCCUAAGCCAACUCGGCACCCUGUCUGCCGCCUCGAUACGCUGCCCAAAAGGCAAACUCCUGGUGGCACGCAGCGGGAACGGGUAACGGUUCAGGACUGAGGAAAGAUACUACCCUGACGCGUCUGUCUGGUUGUCUCCCUUCCCCUAGAAAAAAAGAAACACUGUGAACAGUGAUUCGAAAGAUGUUCUCUCCGUGGCGUUCCAGACGUAAAAAGUGAUUGUGGAUGACAUGGCGCUAAGAGCCCAAGGCGACGGGACGAUCCGUUCCCGUUCUCUCCAGUCUGCCCUCCAAGUUCGCACGACAUUCUUAAAGCAAGCAGGCGAUGAAGCGCUCGAGGUAGCGGCAAAACUAGAUGCAUGCAGACCACUUUCCCCCUUUUACCCAAUGUGAAGAAGGAUUACGUAUAGAAGGAAAGCAGCUGUUCGUACAUACGUUGAGUGUGAUCGCGACACACGACUUAGCUACUAGACGAGCCUCGGCAACAUGUUCCUGUGUGCAUAUCGUUCGACUUGCAACGACCUUCCUAGAUUAGCAGAAAACGAAGCGCGAGAAAUGCGCGAUCGACAACUAGUAAGACGAAAAAAAAAAAAAACGUUGCAGGGUUAUUAGUAUAACCUCUGUCUGUGUCCACUUCCCCCAACUGUGUGCAUGAAGGUGGGAAAGAAAUGAAAAAAAAAGUGUCAGUUUUUGCAGUUUCCGUAAACACUUCUAGAGACAGCAGUCCACCACUCUCCCAGUUUAGGCAGUAGCCGUGCAAAUACGUGGUAGGAAACUCGUACCGUGUUCUUCCACGACACGUUUGGGAAAAGACAUCGGUAUUGUUUCUUUUCUUUUAUUUUUAAUUACACUUGAUCAGCGGCGAGGUUCAAAACCUUUUUACUAGAAGCAAGAAGAUUGAAGGUUGCGGCCAAAAGAAUCUUCAGAAGGAUUAGUUGAGAGAGCGAACUGAUGUACUUGACCUGGAUCGUAUGCUUUUUAAUCAAUUUCGCUUUGUUGGCUACGAACCGCCACCUGAGUUUACAGCGGGUGGGAAUAAUUGGAAAUUUAUGCCGGGGGCGAGACAAGUUUGUAGAAAGUCGUUCUGCUUCUGUUUCCUAGCCAUCCAUCCAAUCUUUGGGGUUGUGUUUAAGAGAUAUUUCGAGGGUGUUUGUUGCUGCGUCUUUUUAUUUUGACUCAUUCCUGGUAUGGUGGGAGCCAUGAUGUGGGCUCCUCAAGUUCACCCAGUCAUCUGAAAAUCAGCGUCUAUUUCUUUUUUGUGCAGUUCUAUUCAAAGAAUGCAAUUUCAUAUUUUUUUAGUUUGUUUGCAAAUGUACAAAAACGAGACGCACGAAUGGCUUGACCUUUUUCUUUUCUUUUUAUGUUUGCUCUGACUUUGUUUCCCUCGUAGCAUUUCACUCCAUCCUGAUUUCGGCGUGUUCUGUUAUCUGUAAUCUGAACAAUGACAUUGAAUUCUUUGUGAAAUACAUUUGUUCGCACGCUUUUUGUUAUCAACGUGGCUGUUGCGUUGCUUUUUUGUGUUGCAGUUUAAUUACCAUUUCUUUUCUUCCCAUCUAUGCUGUUAUUGUGCAUGUAAACCUUGACACAUAACUUUAGAUUUUUCUCAUUUUCUUCUCUCUGUUCAGUGCCUUUAUGCUCUGUAUUUUCUUGUGUUUGUUUAUGAGUCAGCGACGUCCCUACAACGCCAUUGUUUCAUUUUCUCACCUUGUAACUUCUUGACGUUGGAAACCAGUGAAUUUACUGUUUGUGCUAGUUUUGAGUAUAAACUAUAUUGGGAAAGAAAGAAAGCAGGAGGAAAAGCAUGCUCCUUUUUUUCUUUUUAUCAUAGUUAUUGCUUACUUUGUGUCAUCGCUCUCCGUUUUAGAAUCGUUUGUCUACUGUCAUGGAUAUAUUUUAGUAAUAUAAUUAUAUUACGAAAAAGAGACUAGUUUGUACAACAGAGCAGACAGCCAGAGAGUAAAAACUGACAAACAAACGGAAAAAAACAUUGUUUCCAAGGUAUUUAUUGACGAAUGUACAUAGAAACAUUUAUGACACCUGACUUGAGGCAGAAAGGUUGAUGUGUGCAAGUUUGCGGUCUUUUUGUUUUGCAUUAUUCUUUUAAUUCUUAUCUUCGACAUAGUCAUCUGUUAUCAUAUCAAUCUUUUUUCGUGUGAUUGUGACUUUUUUUUGCUUUACUUUACAAUUACGAUGCUGUGAAAGGAAAAAUGUGACCAGGCCCUUUGUUUGGUUAAGUUGUAUGGUUAUGAUGUGUCAUUGUCAAGAAUCAUGAGAUAACAUUUUUUUUCUUCUUCCGUGGGCAGAGCGACACAGGUCAAGUCAUGCAGAAACUGUGUGGAUGUAGUGUUCCGUUCACGUUAUCACACAUAUCACUCCUCGCUUGAAGUACUUAAGUCCGCCGCAUACAUGUUCAGGCUUCUUGAAGUCACAUAUCCACAAUGUUUUCAAUACAGUAUUUUCAUCCUGA